GAUUCUUAUUCCGUGCUAACAUCCAUUGUUAGGCUGCCCCGCGCAUUUGUUGAUAAUUGAUACAUGAUGUGAUUGUAAAAUGCUGCAUAUUUAGUCGAUAUAUUUCAACUCUUCCUUGGACAAACGGCUCACAAGGAAAGUUGUUCGUGCUUGAAUUACUAUGUACGUUUAUUGUAUAUGUAUAAAAAGAGCUUUAAAAUAGUCUCUUUUCUCUCUUGGCCUAUGCAUGCGCACUAACGUUUCUAUCAGAAUAAAUUGCUGGUGCACGUAGCGUGAUUUAACAACAAAAAAGCGCCAUCUUCAAAAUGGCUCAGCUCUGUAAGAUGCGACCUUAUUUGUGUUUUGAUGAAACGGGCUAUAAAGGUCGCAUGACAGGUUCGCUGGAGUUAGGUCAGCCUGACCGCCUUAUCAUAUCUUUAAGCUGGGGUAGUCAUUUUCGCACAUCGAAACCACCAACGACGAACCCGUUGCUUGUAGAUGGUCUUGGUAAAUUAGGCGCUGGGAGAAGCUGGGCUGCUGCAUGCGUGUUGUAUCUCUUUUGCUCUGUAUAUUUCCGUGUGAAUAAUGAGGCACUUCGUUCUGAGUCCCCAACCGUUAUUGCUUUCCCCGACGUAAACUCUCUUGCUCAUGAACUGCUGAUUUACUUUGCUCUAUUCUAA